CCGCACGGCCGCCAACUUCUGUGGAUGGGACCAGAAGUUUCUAGCCGGCCAGUUGCUACCUCCCUUUAUCUCCUCCUUCCCCGCUGGCAGCGAGGAGGCUAUUUCCAGACUCUUCCACCCCUCUCCGGCCACGUCACCCCCUCCUUUAAUUCAUAAAGGUGCCCGGCGCCGGCUUCCCGGACACGUCGGCGGCGCGCUGGGCUCUCGCUCCUCCCGCUGCGCAGAGGUGCCCGCACCCCGCGACCCCGCGACCAGGCCGCUCCGGGCCGACCCCGACCCAGCAUGAGCGCUGCCACCCACUCGCCCGUGGUGCAGAUGGCGUCCGGCAACGGCGCCGGCGACCGCGACCCCCUGCCCCCCGGGUGGGAGAUCAAGAUCGACCCGCAGACCGGCUGGCCCUUCUUCGUGGACCACAACAGCCGCACCACGACGUGGAACGACCCGCGCGUGCCCCCCGAGGGCCCCAAGGAAACUGCAUCCUCUGCCAAUGGCCCUUCACGGGAGGGCUCCAGGUUGCUGCCUACCAGGGAAGGCCAUUCUGUGUACCCUCAGCUCCGAGCAGGCUACAUUCCUAUUCCUGUCCUCCAUGAAGGCUCUGAGAACCGGCAGCCACACCCGUUCCGUGCCUAUGCCCAGCCUGGGGCGCAGCGAUUCCGAACUGAGGCGGCAGCAGCUGCUCCUCAGAGAUCCCAGUCACCUCUGCGUGGUGGUAUGCCAGAAGCCACCCAGCUAGAUAAACAGUGCAGCCAGGUGGCAGCAGCUGCAGCAGCCCCACCCCCAGCUUCCCAUGGACCUGAGAGGUCCCAGUCUCCAGCUGCCUCUGACUGUUCAUCCUCGUCUUCCACCGCCAGUCUACCCUCCUCUGGCAGGAGCAGCCUGAGCAGUCACCAGCUGCCCCGGGGCUACAUCCCCAUCCCAGUGAUACAUGAGCAGAACGUCACCCGGCCGGCAGCCCAGCCUUCCUUCCACCAAGCCCAGAAGACCCACUACCCAGCUCAGCAGGGUGAAUACCAGACUCACCAACCCGUGUACCACAAGAUCCAAGGGGAUGACUGGGAGCCCCGGCGGGCAGCGUCACCAUUUAUGUCCCCAGUCCGAGGCCCAGCCAGCCGGGACGGCUCACCGGCCAGAAGCAGCACGCCGGUACACUCCCCGUCACCCAUCCGUGUGCAUACUGUGGUGGACCGGCCUCAGCAGCCCAUGACCCAUCGAGAGUCUCUUCCUGUCACCCAACCAGAAAACAAACCAGAAAGUAAGCCAGUCCCAACUGGACCAGAUCUCCCUCCUGGACACAUCCCUAUUCAAGUGAUCCGCAAGGAGGCGGAGUCUAAGCCUGUUUCCCAGAAGCCGCCCCCUUCUUCUGAGAAGGUAGAAGUAAAGGUUCCUUCUGCUCCAAUUCCAUGUCCUUCUCCCAGCCCCGCCCCUUCUGCCGUGCCCUCUUCCGCCAAGAAUGUGGCUGCUGAAGAGAAGGCAACCCCCAGCCCCGCUCCUACAGAAACUACAGCCCCUAAACCAGAAGAAGCUGAGGCCCCACCAAAACAUCCAGGUGUACUGAAAGUGGAAGCCAUCCUGGAGAAGGUGCAGGGGCUGGAGCAGGCUGUAGACAACUUCGAAGGCAAGAAAACUGACAAAAAGUACCUGAUGAUUGAAGAGUAUUUGACCAAAGAGCUCCUGGCCCUGGAUUCUGUGGACCCUGAAGGACGAGCUGAUGUGCGUCAGGCCAGGAGAGAUGGUGUCAGGAAGGUUCAGACCAUCUUGGAAAAACUGGAACAGAAAGCAAUCGAUGUCCCAGGUCAAGUCCAGGUCUAUGAACUCCAGCCAAGCAACCUUGAAACCGAUCAACCACUUCAAGAAAUCAUGGGAAUGAGUGCCGAGGCAGCAGACAAAGGGAAGAAGAGUGCCGGAAAUGAAGACCCCCAAACUGCAACCCAGCAGCCAGAAACCAAAGAAGCAGCAGCUGCAAACCCUAGCAGCACAACAGACUCGGCCGGCAACCCUGCACCGUAGUCUACACUCAAUAAAAGUCAGACUUGGAACUGAUUGUGUGCUUUAGGGAAUUUUAAUUGCAUGCCUUUCAGGGACUUUAAGUCAGUUGGUUUUUAUUCUUUGUAGCCACUUGGUACACAGUGAUUUGGGUGGAGGCAAAAUACUAAUACAAGGGCUAAAAGGAAAAUAAUGCUUUUCUUCUGUAUUCUUACUCUGUACAAAUGAAGAAGUUGCUUGUUUCAGAAGUUUAACCCCAGUGCUUAUUGUUUGGGGGCCCUUUCUGUGCAUGGGCACCACAUGUUAGCCACGAUUGUGAACUGUCUUCCUGUAGCUCUGGACUGAAGGAAUUUGGAGGGGAGGCAGAUGGGGCAUCGAAUUCCCAUCACAUAAAUAGGAAACGCAUUUUUCAGCAACGUUGCCAUUUUAAUGGGAUGACUUUCAUCUCAUAGGUCAGAUAUCUACAUUUAGAUAAAAUAAGAUGUGUAAGGAGCCAUAGUAUGUGUAUGUUGGAUGACUUUAAUGUUAUAUUUGCAAAGAGGAAAAAAUAAAGUAAUUCUAUAACUCAU